CCUGCACUGUUUUGAUUCACAGCUCGGACAGGCAAGGCAGACAUGGCAGAAGACUGGAAGUCCGGGUGACUCUUUCAAGCCGCCCCAUUGCUGGGUUAAAACACCGUUUUCCAUUCAUAGGAGAGACGUAGUUAUUGGGGAAGCUGGCAGCUUUGUACGGUGCUCGAUUCCGGCCCGAUGACAUGGAGAUCUCGGCAGAGGGAGAGGCGGAGGAGCUCAGGAAGGAGCACUGGAAGUUGCUGUCCAGCCUGAAGACUACGGUGGAGGGUCUUUUGUCCACCAACAACCCUAACGUGUGGUCACGUUACGGCGGCCUGCAGCGCCUCCACAAGGACAUGAACAACAUCCUGAGCCAUGGGCUGAAGAAUGAGCAGGUGUACUACAAGCAGAGAGACUACUGGCCGUUUGUGUGGUGCGUCCGCUACAUCAGCCCCCACCUCGCAUUGCACGUCGAACAGUUCAGUCACCUGGAGCCUGUACUGAGCAGUGGGACAAAGAGUGCUGGUGAAAGCUACAAGGCUGAGCGCUGGCUGCUUCACAGCUUACAGGUUCACAUGCUGUCGGCCCAGCUGCGACCUCUGCUCCGGCAUCUGGGACAUACGCGUAAAUACUAUAAUGAUGAUGCCUUUCUGCUGAGCGAGCCCCAUGUGACCGCCAUGUUCCAGUGUCUGGAAGCUGUGGAGCAGAACAACCCCAAACUGCUGGCCCAAGUCGACACUGUUGGGUUGUCCCCUCUGAAGGGCCCUCCAUGUCUGGGCCUGUUGAAGAGUCAGAGCCUGUGUGUGUUGCCAGGUGCUGGGGGUGCUUGGAGGAGCAGUGAUUCGACUUUCAGGGGAGAAUCUCUAAAUCGCAGACUCACCACCUCCAAUUGCUCCCUCAGAGAAGCCGUUUCCACAGGCCACAACUCUGGGAACACUACGGGGGGCGGAUCCCAAAACGGCAACAGCAACAGUACAAACACUACCUCUCCAUCUAGCAACCUUGGAGCUCCCUGGGUGUUUGUGACCCAGCCAGGGGAGAGCGAGCGAGUUGUGACGCCCCCAUCUGGCUCCAUCUUGGUCCCUUGCAUCUCCCUCACAGAGCCCCCCUCCUCCACCUCCCCUCAGCCUGAGGCUGGGGACUCGUGUGACGGCGACUAUGACGAUGGACCUGAGUACUUGGCUAUUGGCAACUUGGGACAACGCAGUCGCCGAAGCUCCCGAAGCUCCACCCACAGCAGUGAGCAGAGCGAGACCCCGGACUUGACCCCGCAACGGGGUUCCUUGGUUCCGCCCCCACCAAGACGCUCAUCCUUCUCAGAGGGUCAGAGGGGGCAGGGCCGGGGGUCCCGAGGACAUACGCGCUCAUUUUCUGACACAGGGAUCAAUCAGAAACUCAGGAAUGGAGGAGGCCACCGAAAAAUCACCAUAAUAAUUGAAGAUCCGGUAGCAGAAUCGGCAGGAGACGACCCGAUGAAGGACUACGGCUCUUUCUCACCUCAGUGCAGUGAUGCCAGCACCCCCGGGUCCCUCUACAUGGAGUCUCAUGGGUCCCAGCACAGCACUGUUCCAGAUGGGAUGUUCAGGAAGCCGUCAGAGGGUCAGAGCCUCAUCAGCUACCUGUCAGAGCAGGACUUUGGCAGCUGUGCUGAUCUUGAGAAGGAGAAUGCUCAUUUCAGCAUUUCCGAGUCCCUUAUUGCAGCCAUCGAGCUGAUGAAGUACAACCUGCGGCGUCAGGAGGAGGAAGGCGAGGAGGAAGGAGACAGCGAUUGUGAGAUUCAGCAGCUCAAACAGAAGAUCCGGCUUCGGAGGCAGCAGAUCCGACGCAGCCGCCUGCCGCCCUGCGCACCCUCUCAGCACAUUUUCCACUCCACUGACAGCGGAGGCUCCAGGAGGAGCUCUCAGGACUCCUCCCAGGGCCUGUCGGACUCUGGCUCAGCUGAGGAGGUGGAGGAGUGCGAACUACGAGAUGGCUGCGAGGGUCAGUCCCUGCUGGCGGUGUCUCAGAACGGCCUCUCCCUGUCACUCGCCUCCCUCUUCUCAGAUGCAGACAUUAAGCGCAGCGUCAGCUCUAGCGGCAGGUCUUUUCUCAGCUCAGAGUCCAUCUCUCCAUCCUUCCUGCAGUCUAACUCAGCUGAGUCAGUAGCCAUGGGUUUACUCAGGCAGUUUGAAGGCAUGCAGCUUCCUGCAGCCUCGGAGCUCGACUGGCUGGUUCCAGAACACGACGCUCCGCAGAAGCUGCUGCCCAUCCCCGACUCUCUGCCGAUCUCGCCCGAUGAUGGCGAACACGCAGACAUCUACAAACUGAGGAUUCGGGUCCGAGGCAACCUGGAGUGGGCGCCACCCCGACCGCAGAUCAUCUUCAACAUUCAUCCUGCCCCCAAGAGGAAGAUAGUUGUGGCCAAACAGAACUACCGCUGCGCUGGCUGUGGCACUCGCAUCGAUCCAGAUUAUAUCAAGCGACUGCGUUACUGUGAAUACCUCGGCCGUUACUUCUGCCAGUGCUGCCAUGAGAAUGCCCAGGCGGUGGUUCCAGGCAGAGUUCUGAGGAAGUGGGACUUCAGCAAAUACUACGUCAGCAACUUUGCCCGGGACCUGCUGAGCAAGAUUGCUGGAGACCCGCUUUUCAACCCAAAUGACAUCAACAGUGGCCUGUACAAGAAGAACAAAUCUCUGGAGGCCGUCAGGGUUUUGAGGGUGCGGCUCUUUCACAUGAAAAAUCUCUUCAAGACCUGUCGCUUUGCUAAAGAGGUACUUGACCAGUUCGACAGCCUGCCAGGUCACCUGACCGAGGACCUUCACCUCUUCUCCCUCAAUGACCUCACCGCUGUACGCAACGGUGAUCUGGCUCCCCGAAUGAAAGAGCUGCUUAAACUUGGUACCAUGCACGUAGAAGGCUGUGUGCUGUGCCAGGCAAAGGGCUUCGUGUGCGAGUUCUGCGGCAACGACAAAGAUAUCAUCUUCCCCUUCCAGCUGAACAAGUGCCAGCGCUGCGAAGAGUGCCACGCGUGUUACCAUCGCAGCUGCUUCCGGGCAGGUAAAGACUGCCCCCGAUGUCAGCGGCUGGCGGAGCGGAGGGAAAGGAUGGCACGCAAAAACAUGGAGGAACAGGAAGACGAGGGCGGCGGGUGACCUACGGCUGGUAACAGGAGAAACCUCAGAGAUUAAAGAAGAUGAGCACAAUGCGACCAUGAUUGUAGUGACUUGACCGCCUCUCUCUCCGUUCCAGUCCUCUCAGACCUGGGUGACAAUACUCGCUGCCAACAGAUGUUCUGACCUUAGUACAUUGCCAGAUGUGCAGGUUUUACCUACGUCAGGGCAUCAGGUGUGUUGGUGCCUUCAACAGGAACAUGUCGAAUGUUGAUUUUCAGAUGCAUUUAGUAGAAGCUAUGCCCCUCUCACACAUGCACUUUACUCUGUGAGUACUGGCAGUUGUUUGUGUCCAAGUCAUAUUUCAAUUGGAAAUUUUGUGGGGUUGAAUUUCCAUGAAAAUGAAAAAGUAGCUCAGGUUCCACACUUAAAUAUUAAGAAUUUCUUAAAGGAAAUCCAGCAACUUGACUUUGGUUCAUUCUCAAUAUUUAAUUCUUUAAAAUAUUUAUUAAAUUAGAUUUCCUUACUAGUACUAAGUAUUAAUGUUUUUUAAUAUACAUUGGCGACACCUAGUGGCAGUAUCAAAAAAGUCAUCACGCCAGACACCAAUCCCCGUUGCUCCAAUUGUACUUUAUUUUGUUUUAUUAUAUUCCACCUUUUGUUUGAGCACUGAACAAAACUGAAAAAUCAACACUGAAUUGUUCCGCAUGAGAGAGUGUGAAUGACAGUAUCCUCCGCGCCUCACGGAGGAUAUUUGACCACAGUCGUGUUGCAGUUACCAUAAACGUCUUGGCACUUACAAAAACUUACAUAUUUAAGAUUGAAGUCGAUCAGAAAAGUACAUUUAGACUAUUGUACCCAGGUGUGAUAUUUCUCCUUCCUACAAUUACAGCUUUUUGGCAACUGCUUCAACUCUGGUGAUUUUCUUGGCUACUGGCUUAGCUGAAGUUUGUUUUUGUGACCUAAAAUGGCAGGAUCUAUUUUUUUAAAAGAAUCAAAUAGUCAGUAAAAUCUUAGUUUUCAUUUUAUGAUUUGACUGGUUUUCAGAGCUGAUACUGUAUUUGAGCAACCCUGUCCUUUAUGUUGAGGUGUUUAUUUUGAUUUGAAGAUUUUUAACUAAUCAUUUAUUUUCACUGCUCCUUACUGUCUUGUUUUAAGCUAUUUUAGCUGCGCUUAUGUGCCUCUGGGACCAAUGAACUUAGACUGGAGGAGCAAGUAGAGUUCCAUUGGAAAAUCAGAUUUAUAAAGAGACUGGACUUCAGAAAGAGGGUUCAGUGUCAGUGCUGCAAAUAUUUUAACAAAACUGCAAAUGCACCAUUUCUGUGCUGCUUUUGUGUGUGUGUGUGUGUGUGUGUGAGAGAGAGGGUGUGUGUUCGCACAUGUCUACCUGCUGUACAUGCAGCCAUGCACAGGUGGUUUGCACCAGCCUAAUCAGCACUUGCCUGUUUUCUAAUGUGCGUUUUGGAACAAUAGAGAGAGAAAGAGUUUUAAUGCACUGAUCUCGUCUGUCUGUUGUUGGAGGGGCGAGUCGGGACGUCACUUUUUGGGGAUUUUUCUAAUGUUCGUUUUUUAAGAAUGUGAAAUUUCACCUCAAAAUGUUUCUUUGAUGAAACACCUGUCACCUGGGUUACAACACAUUGUGGGUUCAAACUUAAAGAGCCUCAGUUAAGUAGAUAAUAGGUUAUACUCUUUUAAAGUGUUGCAGACAUCAUUAUCAAAGUUAAACAUUUGGUAGAGCUCAUACCUCUGCCAAGGCCCAACAGUUUCUCUUUAAUUCAGUCAAGCCUAAACAAACAAAAAUCUGCUGGAUUCAGAUUUUUAUUUGGAUCAGCAUCAAAUAGUACCCACUCAUAGAUACCAGCCUCCUGAAUACGACAGAUUUCUUUUCUUCCUUUUGAGAUCCUUUAUCUGGAUUCACACCAGAAGUUAAUGUGAUCUGUUCUGGGCUCAGACUCGUCCUCUGAUCAAGUUUCGUGGAAAUCUGUUCAACAGAUUUUGUGUAAUCCUGCUGACAAACCAACCAAACAACAAAUGGACACGAGCGUAAACAUAAUCUCCUUUGCGGAGUUAAUGAAUUAAACAUCAGUCAAUUCAUUAUUGAUGGAUUUAUAACUAAUGCUUUCUUGCUUUGUUGCACUUUUAAUUAUCUGAUGCCCCCUCAGAAUUAUCCUCAGACCUCUUCGGUUUGGCACCACUGAUCUUGUAUACAAUUUAAUAGAUACAUUUCAUUUGUUAUGGCUUAUUUGAAAAUUUCAAAAAUGUCUCAUUGCCCAGUAAAUACUUGAUCACAAAUGUCUAAAAAGCGACUCUUUAGUGAAUUAGAUUGACAACGAAGUGUGAACAUGGGAAAAAAAAUGAAUAUAUGAAAUUAAUGCAAUAUUUAAUGAUGAUGAGAAAGCUGUGGGCAAACUAAUGGGUAGCCCUCUGAAUUAAUCACACAUUAGAUUUAGAUCUUGGUUUCUUGUACCAGCCUAUUCAUAGAUAAGUGCAUACCAUCCUCAACAGGCUUUGCUUUAUGUGUACAAUCCCCAUGAGAUGAUCACAGUCUUAGGAGACACUACUUAGAGCAAUAAAUGUGACAUUCGUGUCCCUGAAAUGUUAGUGAGACAAACUGCACCCGUGUGUUUUGAACACAACACCGAUGUCAUCUCCUGAACAAAGUGACGGCUGAAACGCCUUCUCAGCUCAGCAGACUGUCCUUGUACUGCCUUUAACACGGAGGUGAGCGGAGGUUUGAAGUGCACUACAGAUUAAAAUGUCUAUUAUUAAAAAAAAAAAAAAAAAGUUUAAUUAUUGUUUUUGUGACUAUUAUGAUUAUUUGUGUUUAUUUGCCUUUGUUCUGUAAUUAUGUUGGUAAUAAAAGACUGGCCAGACUGUU